CGUACAUAUACAAAAAUGUUUCCCACAGCCUUGCGAGGACUUCCACACUGUUUCACACGCGGCCGUCAACUGGGUCGAGGCUCCCUUAGCAUGUGUCCUGGCGCGCUGGCUGUUGCGGGGCGGGGGUUCGAGGCUCUCUCCUUCCCCCGUGAGCACCGGCAGGCGCUCAGGGGGGCGCGGCAGUGACGGAGGAGCGCCAUAAUCGUUAACAAACUCACCAUCGGGCGAACGAAGCACACAGUAUCGCCUCCACAUCUUUCUUCUUCCCCUUGAUUGCCACCCGGACAGCGGAAACUCUCCACCAAUCAACACACGAGUUUCUAGCUCUCAGGAGAAACCGAGCCAAUCAGGAGAAAGAUAAGCACACGAGUUGCUACUAUUGGUCGCACAGGCUGGCCGGAGGUCCGUGGAGGAGGGACGCACCGCCCACCCGCCCGGCCACCCUCGGCGCGGCGACACAGGGGCGAGAAUGGCGUGCGCCGGGCAGCUCCGAGGCAGCGCUGGCCCCAAGCUGGUGCCUGAAGAAGCCAUUAUUGUGACAAGGCGAGGAGUGAAGUAACUUGUGGGUGGGCGGGAUGAUUUAUUAGGCGAUGAAAGCUUCCGACUGCCACACUAACCACAAAUUGGUGCACGCGACACCCGGCCAUUCGUCACCUCGCAGCCUCCUCCUCCUCCUCCCCCUCCUCCUCAGGGACUAAACGCAGUGAUCUCCUCCAGGAUAACACGACACAAGACCCUCCUUCGGGGCGCGUGCAGUGAGCGAGCAAGUGACCGAACAGUGAGAGAGUGCGGCGAGAGACAUGACCUGGAAUUCUCCGUCAGUGUGACCCUACACGUGCACGGCCUGGACACCACACCACACCCGCAGCACCACGGGCCGCUGAGCCUGACGGGGGAGCGGGGUGUGAGGGCGUGAGAGCGUGCGUGCGUGCGUGAGGGCGUGCGGAGGCGAGGACUUAAGUGGGCGUGGUGGAGGGGAUGAAUGGCGUGGGCGCGGGUGGGGGCCUGGGCUACCCUACCACGGAGAAGGGCGCCCGCAAGCCUAAGUGUGCCCGAUGCAGGAACCACGGCAUGAUCAGCUGGCUCAAGGGACACAAGCGGCACUGUAAAUUCAAGGACUGCACCUGCGCCCGCUGCAACCUGAUCGCCGAGCGGCAGCGGGUCAUGGCGGCUCAGACGCGGAUUCUGGGCACGGCUGGCGGAGGUGGGCCCGGCGCCGUCCCCCGUGAGCCAAGUGAACCAAGCCCCGGCCCAGCGCGGCUCCCUUGGUUCGUGGCAGCUUGGGCGAGGUCCAGGCCCCCGGCGUCUCCCUCCCUCCUCCUGCCGUGCCCCCGCGAAGUGGCGCUGAAGAGGCAGCAGGCAGCGGAGGACGCCAUCGCCAUGACCUUCCGGGUGGCGGCCACGGGCGCGGCCUGCCCCUUCCUGCCGCAGGGACCCAUCUUCGGCCUGCCAGUCACCGAGCCGCAGGUCAAAGAAGGUGAAGACGGGCCCGAGGAGGAGAGGUCCGAGAGUGAGGUGAGUGUGGCCUCCCCCGCCAUCUCCCCGGCGAUGUCGCCCACCUCCACCUCCACCACCACCCCCGGGCCGGCGCCCCCUGAGGAGGACACAAGCCACACCCCCCCGCGGCCAUCCCCCCACCCGAUGGUCACCCACAUGGAGCACGUGGCCGCCCACAGCGGACCCUCUCAGGCCCCCGCCGAGGCCCCGCGGGACUCGUCGCUCACGCCCGCCACAUCCCAGCCGGAGACGCGGCCCCCGGCGGUGGAGGCCCUGGGGGUGAGCGAGGGACCCGGGGAGUCCCAGCAGAGCAUGGAGGGUGGCGCUGAAUGUCGCGGAGUGGUGGAGGUGCGGCGGGAGGACGCGGCUUCCAUGGACGGCGUGGACAUCCUGCUGCGGAUCUUCCCGGGUGAGCGGCGCGGCGUGCUGGAGCUGGUGCUGUCCGGCUGCGGCGGCGACCUGCUGCGGGCCAUCGAGCACUUCCUGUCGGUGGGCGAGGCGUUGCGGCGCCCGCCCGCCCCCGCGCCGCGACCCCUCGACCACCCGCCCCGCCCCCUCACGCCGCCCAAGCCGAGCCUGGGCAGCGCCAAGUCCGCCUUCACGCCACUGACUGGCGGCGGGGCGCCGCCGCCCGCACACCAGAAUUACCUGGCGGGCGGCGUGAUACCGCGAGUACCUAUGUACGGCGAUGCUCGCUUCGGGCCGCCCCUGCUGCCGCUGUCCUACCCGCCCCUGCUGCCGCCCCUGCUGCCCGUGCUGCCACCUCUGCCGCUGCACCGCCACUACCACCACGACUCUUCCCCGGACCCGGCCGACGGGGACCUGGCGCGCCCUCGCGACCACCUGGCCGAGUACUCCCUGCGCCACGACCUGCUGGCGGCGCGCCCUGACCUGCGCCUCAACCUUGACCUGCGCCCCGACCUCCGUCUACGCUCCCCAGCCGCCGAUGACAGUGCCUGAGGCGCUGCCCAGCCCUUCCCCUUCCCGCCCCGCCCCGCACAGA